UACAACCAGCUUAUCUCUGUCACAGAUCGCCAUGGCCAACAGAGCCAGUUCCCGUUGUGGUACGUCGACAAUCUGAUCGUGGAUGCUGUCAUUCAUGGCAUCAUACCAGGAGUCCAGUUUGGUGCCAGCUUGAUCCUCUUCCUCGUACUGGUCCUCCUCUCAAAGCACGACAAGCGACGCUCGCCAGUCUUCAUCUUCAACACCACUGCCUUGUUCUUCAACAUGAUCUACGCCAUUUUGCAAUGUUGCAUUGUUACCAGCAGUUGGUGGGACAUCUAUCCCAUCUUGGUGGGUGACUACGGUGUGGUGACACCAGCAGCUCAGCGCUUGACGGUGGCUGUCGCGAUCUUCGUCACGCUUGUCUCCUUGUGUAUCGAGGUUUCUUUGGUCCUCCAGGUCCAUGUGGUCAGCGUUACGCUACAAACAUGGCAGAAGAUGUCUAUUCUGGCCAUCUCUUCAUUCGUGGCAGUCAUAUCCAUGGGAUUUCGUAUCGCACAGUCAGUCGUGUCAGUGAGAUGCAACAACAAAGCAGAUGCUUUUUGCAGCGACACGACCUGGCUAGCCAAGGCGAAAGACAUCAGCUUGACAGUGAGCAUCUGUUUCUUCAGCGCAAUUUUCUGUGCCAAGUUGGGUUGGUCUCUUCGCGAACGUCGCAAGCUAGGCAUGAAGCAAUUUGGCAGUAUGCAAAUCAUCUGGAUCGGUGGGUUUCAAACAAUGUUCAUUCCAGCAAUCUUCUCGCUCAUUCAGUUCAUCAAGGCUGAGAACAUUCCUAACAUCGGCACAAACAUACUCACGGCAACUUGCAUCUCACUGCCAUUGACAUCAAUCUGGGCUGCUGCC